UGUCUGGAAUCGUAAACAUUUGCUUUCCAUUCUUCAAUACCUACAGUGAGCUUGUCGGAUAUUCGAUUCUGUUUGGUGUGUUUGGAUCAUUUCGGAUGCUAGUUGCUGUCAUUCCUCGGGAUAUAGUCGGACUGGAAGAGGUUGUCAAUGCUUGGGGAAUAUACGCGUUGAUUGCUGGCGUGCUGUCUUCUGCUGGGCCACCAUUUGGUGGAUGGAUAUAUGACUCUACUGGCUCGUACAAUACUGCUUUUGUGGUUUGUGGUUGUCUAUCGGUGAUUUCAAGUUUAUCAAUGUUUUCUGACAUUUAUCUCAAGAGAAGACAGGAAGAAAAGUUAAACAAGAAGGAGAAAAUUGAAUCAGGUAGUGCGAGUGCUGUGGUAUCGUUUGAGACAUGUGUGUAAUUGUACAGUUUUUUAAUUUUUUAAAAAUUGUUUUGGAGUUGGUGAUUGAAGUGGCAAAUGA